GGGAGCACGGGGGGAGGGUCAGGGACACUCUAAGGGUCUGAGCAUCCGCAACGAGAAAGUGAUUUGGAGGGAAGUGGGGGAAGAACAGGGCUGGGACUGAGAAGGGUGAGGGGAGCAGGGUUACUCCUGGAGCCGGGACCCCAUGCCCAGGUCAAUGCGGGAGGAGCGGGGCCAUCCCCAGCCCAUUGGGGACUGAGGGGGGUGUAACGGGGCUGCCUCCCACCAUGGGAUGCCCAAGGCUGAACUCCGGCUCCUGCGUGCUGCUGCUGCUCAUGCUGCCAGUGCUGCAGGUGAGAGCGACGCAUCCCGACUGCUCCAUCAUCCUCUACUUCCAAGAGCGAGAGAAUGAGUGCCUGGAGGCCAUCAGGAGUGAGAGCCAAACACAGCCCCCCAAUGGGCAGCGAGGCUGCCGGACAGCGUGGGAUGGAGUGAGCUGCUGGCCAGCCAUGCCUGUGGGUCAGUCCUACGCUGUUGCUUGUCCUGAUGUCCCCCACAUCUUCAAGAAGUCCCAAGUGCUGAUCCACAGGAACUGCACUGAGGUGGGAUGGAGUCCCCCCAGCCCACCCUACUACAGCGCCUGUGAGCUGGAGCCUGUUGGGAGCAGCAACAACACUGAGGCCAAGAGAGGUUACUUCAUCACCAUGAAGGUGCUCUACACCUGCGGCUACUCCACAUCCUUGGCAGCCCUGUUCAUGGCCAUUGGAAUCUUCUCCUGCUUCAGGAAGCUGCACUGUACCAGGAACUCCAUCCACAUCCACUUCUUCACCUCCUUCAUCCUACGUGGGGCUUCUGUGCUCAUCAAGGACGCCGUCCUCUUCUCUGAUGAGUCUGUUGACCACUGCACCAUGUCAACGGUGAAGUGCAAAGCAUCCAUUGCCUUUGUGCAGUACUCAGUGUUGGCCAACUUCUUCUGGCUGCUGGUGGAGGGCAUGUACCUGCAGACCCUGCUGCUGCUCACCUUCACCUCUGACCGGAGCUACAUCUGGUGGUAUAUCCUCAUUGGAUGGGGUGUCCCCGUGUUGACGGUGUGUGUGUGGGUGUUCACCAGGCUGCAGUACGACGACCAUGGGUGCUGGGAUGACUACAGCAGCCCCUACUGGUGGGUGAUCAAGGCUCCCAUCCUCCUGGCCAUAUUUGUGAACUUCCUCAUCUUCCUCAACGUCACCAGGAUGUUGGCACAGAAGAUCCGAUCCCCAGACAUCAGCAAGAACCACAAGCAGCAAUACAUGAGGCUGACCAAGUCCACGCUGCUCCUCAUCCCCCUCUUUGGGGUGCACUACGUGGUGUUCGCACUCUUCCCUGAGCACAUCGGGGUGGACGCCCGGCUGUACUUUGAGCUGGUCCUCGGUUCCUACCAGGGUUUCCUGGUGGCUCUGCUCUAUUGCUUCCUGAAUGGGGAGGUGGGCAUCCAACACACAAGGGACCCCCCUCACUGGCACCCAAGCCCCUCAUGGAGCAGUGCAGCUCCCACCCCAUGGGUGCCCCAACUGCCAGCACCAAUCCUGGUGUCACUUCAGGUCCAGGCUGAGAUCAAGAGAAACUGGGGCAAGUGGCAGACAUCCAUGGAGAGCAACGUCUUCAACAUGGCAACCCAAGACUUCACGGCGUGAUGAGGAUGGCAGUCAGGGGACAUUCCUCCCUAAGGAUGGUGGCCAUAGAAACAAAGGGGGAUUUAAAUGCAUUCCCUUAUGAGAAGAUGCCAACACAGCCCCCAGCAGCCAACCUGAGCGGGGAGAAGCCGCCACUGCAGCCCAUUCUGCUCACAACACCCCAUCUGCUGCCCUGGUUAGGAAGGCAUCGGAUGCCCCUUCCCAAACCUCUCCUGGCUUUGCUGAGCCACCUGAUCUCAGCAGAGCUUCUCAGGCUUUCUAGGUUGUAAUUUCUCCCCAUGGCCAAGUGCCCUUCCUUAAAUAAAACCCACAGAUUGGCCUCAU